AUGGCGAGUUUGCUGAGGGUCACCAAUUUUUCCAAGCAGUGGUUUGCGGUAACAGUUGACAACGUAAAGUGUAGGAGAAUUAUCCAUCGGUCAGCUUCAAGGCUGGAAGAGCACCCGUCGCAAGACAGAAAUGAGCUAUCAGACAUAACCUAUGAGAAGCUGGCUGAUGAAACGCUAGAUGCCCUUGCUGAUUACUUUGAAGACUUAAUGGAUGAACCUUUCACUGGACCCGACUACGAUGUUGUGCUCUCUAGUGGUGUGCUAACAAUAAAAGUGGGUGGUGACCAUGGAACCUAUGUGAUCAACAAACAAACACCAAACAAACAGCUUUGGUUGGCCUCUCCGACAAGCGGUCCAAAACGCUACGAUUGGACAGGUAGCGCCUGGGUUUACAGACAUGAUGGCAUCAGUCUGCACCAACUCCUCUCUAACGAGUUUUCUGCCAUCUUCAAAAAGAACAUGCACAUCUUUAAUCUGCCCAAUUCCUGA